UCUACCUUGAAGGUAAGGUAGACCAAAAAAGAUAAAUUGUUUAUGGUUUUAUUAUUGUUUACCUCUUUUACGUGAUGAAAGAAUUUUAUAAUCAUUAACUUUUUAAAUAUUGAUGUACUAAAUAACACUAACUAAUCUGGAGGCUAUAAGCCUUAUUCAAGAAUUUAAAAAUAAACAAGUUGUUUUAUUUCCUUAACUUUUCACAGCAUGGCUUUAAGUAGGUUAUAUACUACGAAGUUUGAUCGCAGAAAAACUAAGCAAUAAGUUUAAUUCGUUGCUAUAGAAACAUUAUGAAAAGAAGUAAUUGUUUGAUCGAAGUUUAUGAAGGUUUUGAUAGCUUCUCGAAACGUAUUAAAACUAGCUUUGUCGAAGGUAACAAUUUAAAGAUGUUCAGAAACACCAUUUGGUAUCGUUCCCUCCUAGAUGCGGAGAAGUCGUGUCUCAAGGAGGAUAAGUUAAAAAAGAUUCAUUACAAGUUUCAAGAUGAUAAGGAGAUGGUGGAAGAGUAUAAUGUAGAUACGCAGGUGUUAUUACGUCGUGCUUGGAAAGUAAAAGGUAAACUUGGAGGGGAAGGAAAAUGGGAUGUGGAAAUUGGAGAUCCAAUUCCUGAUGCUACUCCUCACAUUGAGGGAACUGGUGCUGAUAUCAUGGAGAGUAAGGACCAGCCAAUAUUAACGAGACGUAACACAAGAAUAAAUUUGGAAUGGAGAAUCAGAAACCUGCCAUAUCCAAUUGAAACAUACUCUGUUAGUGCCAAUAAUGAUGAAAGAUGCAUUGUUAUCCGAACAACUAAUAAAAAGUACUACAAACGACUUCAAGUGCCUGAACUAGAUAGACUGAACUUACCUAUAGAACAAGCAAAUAUACAAUGCAGUCAUUCAUUCAAUACAUUGAUUAUUGCUUAUAAAAAGCCUCAUCAGUUAUUGGACAUGGAUAAAGAGUGGUACCAAGAGCUAAGCAAAGUGAAGCCUAUCAAAGAUAUCCCUAAUGAUUGCAAAACACAAUAAAAGAUGACAUAGAAA